CAAAAAGUAAACAUCUUUUUCGCCCUAAUUUAUGCAGAUAUAACGGCGAUGAUUUCAGUUGGAACCAGUUCUCGUUGAACCAUGAAUUAAGUAAUUUUUCGCAUGAUUAUUUCAAACUCUUCAUUAUUUACCAUGAGGGGUGCGGUAGCAGUGAUAUUUCUUUCCUGUGUCAUUCUUACACUUUUAGGUAAGUAGCAGAAACUUUUAUCUUUGUGUCGCUUUCCCUACCAAGUCAAGCCACAGCAAGACUGAAAUUUUUGCUUUGUAACAUAUCUUCCCGCAACCGAAUAGGGCUUGAGUUCACUGCGGAUGGUACCGUGAUUUUAAGACAAAAAGUAAGGAUGUUAACUGAAAUCCAGUUUUCAGUAUUACCUCAACAUCUAAGUCUGUGAUUUUACUUUUAAAUUACACUCGUUAUCAAGUCAUCCUUUAUCAGAUAUAAUCACAUGUUCAUGUUUACCUUAACAAGGUUGCUCAAGCUACAAGUUUUAUGGGAAACGGAAGUUAGGACUGAUUGCAUGGAAAAUACCCAGCAUUCGUCCGAUUUCUGCUAUUUCUUCUUUAUUACUUUGUCGCAGAGUUGUUUCAUGGGGAUUCCACUGAACAGCCAACAAACAGAAGAAGAAGAACAAUCUAUGACGAAGAAGGAUUCCCGGAUGAUGAAUAUGACGGUGACCAUGGUGACGAAGAUGAAUAUUACGGAGCCGGUGACGAGGAGGACAUCCGUUUUAGGAGGCAGCAGCACCAGCGAAGAUAUCAGAGACAAUAAAAGACGACAAUGAAUUCUAUUGAAUUGAACAGUGCAUCAUGUAGAUACGUUGUUUUGAUAUGAGUGAUAUCGGCCCCAAAGGCCAACAAACAUUCUGUACAAGAAUUGUUUUCCAGGAAAACGUUAAGUUCUUUUGUUUUUGAUCAAUACGACUCGGAGAUGCAAAGCAAGUAAAUUUGUCAACCAACUUGUAAAGCAGCUGUCUGUUAUGCUGAUUUAAUUUUUAAAGAGGUUUAAACUUGGCUAGACGGAGUACGAAGAUAAUAACGAAACAACAACAACCACACUAACCAGGAUCUGCUACCACAAACUUUUGGGUGACAAGAAGAAGGAAAUCAACAAUGUAAAC